UGGACGCCCGUCUGGAUGGAGGCUGGAACACAAAGGGGAAUGUCUAGCCAAGGAGUUAGGAGAAAUGGCCCAGUGAAGCUGCGGUUGACAGUCCUGUGUGCAAAGAACCUGGCAAAGAAAGACUUCUUCCGGUUGCCAGAUCCAUUUGCUAAAGUGGUGGUGGACGGCUCUGGACAAUGUCACUCAACAGAUACUGUGAGAAAUACGCUGGACCCAAAGUGGAAUCAACAUUAUGAUCUAUACAUUGGAAAGGCAGACUCAAUCACCAUCAGCGUAUGGAAUCACAAGAAGAUCCACAAAAAGCAGGGUGCCGGUUUCCUCGGCUGUGUCCGCCUCCUGUCCAACGCAAUCAACAGACUCAAAGACACUGGCUAUCAGAGACUGGACCUGAAUAAGCUGGGCCCCAAUGACAAUGAUACUGUGAGAGGUCAAAUAGUUGUCUUCCUUGUCUUGGUUAACUGUGCAGUAAGUCUUCAGUCCAGAGAUCGCAUCGGGACAGGAGGGCCGGUGGUGGACUGCAGUCGCUUGUUCGACAACGACCUGCCUGAUGGUUGGGAAGAAAGGAGGACGGCCUCUGGGAGGAUACAGUACCUGAACCACAUCACACGUACCACGCAGUGGGAGAGACCGACCAGGCCAGCGUCGGAGUACUCCAGCCCCUCAGGGCGUCCUCUGAGCUGUGUGGUGGACGAGAACACGCCGGUAAUGACGCCCGUUAACGGGGCCGAGGCGAGCGUGCCGCAGGGCGUACAGCGGGUCCAGGAGAGACGGGUUCGAUCUCAGCGGCAUCGCAACUACAUGAGUCGAACACACCUGCAUACACCCCCUGACCUGCCUGAGGGUUAUGAGCAAAGAACAACUCAGCAGGGUCAAGUCUACUUCCUCCACACGCAGACUGGGGUCAGCACAUGGCAUGACCCCCGGGUGCCCAGGGAUCUCAGCAAUGUGAACUGUGAGGAGCUGGGCCCGCUGCCUCCAGGCUGGGAGAUAAGAAACACAGCCACGGGUCGCGUCUACUUUGUCGACCACAACAACCGGACAACUCAGUUCACAGACCCGCGACUCUCUGCUAACCUGCAUCUAGUACUCAACCCAAGUCCAAAUGGUUCCCGUGUGGCCAUGGAAAGCCAAAACACUAACCUCAGUGAAACGCCUCCGUUGAAGGAGCAGGUUGUUCCCGGGGUCCCGCCGCAGCCCCACUCCCCCGCCCAGCUGCCUGAGGAGGCGGAGUGCCUGACGGUGCCCAAAUACAAGAGAGACCUGGUGCAGAAACUGAAAAUCCUGAGGCAGGAGCUCUCUGCGCAACAACCACAGGCCGGUCACUGCCGCAUCGAGGUCUGCCGCGAGGAGAUAUUUGAGGAGUCGUACCGGCAGGUGAUGAAGAUGCGUCCGAAGGAUCUCUGGAAAAGACUGAUGAUCAAAUUUAGAGGAGAAGAGGGACUGGACUAUGGCGGGGUAGCAAGGGAAUGGUUAUACCUGCUGUCCCACGAGAUGCUGAACCCGUACUACGGCCUGUUCCAGUACUCCAGAGACGACAUCUACACUCUGCAGAUCAACCCGGACUCUGCUGUCAACCCGGAGCACCUGUCGUACUUCCACUUCGUGGGUCGCAUCAUGGGCAUGGCGGUGUUCCACGGCCACUACAUCGACGGAGGCUUCACUCUGCCCUUCUACAAACAGCUGCUGGGGAAACCCAUCACGCUGGACGACAUGGAGUCCGUCGACCCCGACCUCCACAACAGCCUCGUCUGGAUCCUGGACAAUGACAUAAACGGCGUCCUGGACCACACUUUCUGUGUGGAGCACAAUGCCUACGGAGAAAUCAUCCAACAUGAGCUCAAACCCAACGGCAAGAGUGUGAACGUCACAGAGGACACCAAGAAGGAGUAUGUCAGGUUGUAUGUGAACUGGCGUUUCCUGCAUGGCAUCGAGGCUCAGUUUCUGGCUCUGCAGAAAGGUUUCAACGAGGUUAUCCCUCAACACCUGCUCAAGUCCUUUGAUGAGAAAGAACUGGAGCUGAUUGUGUGUGGCCUGGGAAAGAUCGACAUCGCUGACUGGAAGUCCAACACCCGUCUGAAGCACUGCACCACCGAAACCAACAUCGUCAAGUGGUUCUGGAAAGCCGUGGAGACGUUUGACGAGGAGAGGAGGGCCCGGCUGCUGCAGUUUGUUACCGGCUCCUCCAGAGUGCCCCUGCAGGGCUUCAAGGCUUUACAAGGAGCUGCAGGGCCCAGACUCUUCACCAUUCAUCAGAUCGAUGCAAACGCCAACAAUCUUCCCAAAGCCCAUACCUGCUUCAACCGGAUUGACAUCCCGCCCUACGAGAGCUACGACAAGCUAUACGACAAGCUGCUGACUGCGAUCGAGGAGACCUGUGGCUUCGCAGUGGAAUGAGAGACACGUUGGAGAGUGUGUUUGUGUGUGAAAAUGUACAGACACACUGAUGUCUCGCUCAGAGCGUCUUUGACCAGCCUGCGACUGCGACUGCCCUCACCGCUCUCCACAUUCUCCCCUGAUCGAAUUCUGUUUGAACAGCUGCUACUCAUCCCGUCAUUUAAUUGUUUUGUUUUUUUGUAGAUUGUGCAAAAUACAGAGAGCUAUGAGUUGUUUAUACAGAAAGACAAACAUUACUGCCUGGUCAUCUCAAUUUUAGAUCUUAAUCAAAUCAGGAAGUAGUUUAAUAAUUUACAGUUUAAAACAAAACAAAACAUAUUUUCUCCCCAGGCAACUGAGAGCAUUGAGUCGCUCUUUCGUUUUGCAAUUCAAACGGAUUGAUUCAUGUCAUGCUACUGAAUCUUUAACACUGCAGGUAGCCGUAUCUUGCCCAUAGUAGCAUCUGAUCCUCCACCAACACAGCUUCCACUCCUCAUGGCUGCAGAGUGUGUGUGCUUCUCUUGUUGGAGGCGACACAUUCAUCCUACCUCGCCUGUAAUGCUUCGAUAUUUGAAGGGUUUCAUCUUAAAAUGCUAUGGACAGUCUUUGAUUUUUACAUCAAUGCUCCAUAAUAAACUAGGUUUCCAUAUUAGCGGCGAUGUCUCAACUGCAUAACCAUCCAAAACAAUUCAAAGUGUGAAUAUAUCAUUUUGAAGUGGAGCUCUACUUGGAUAUGGGUCUGAUGUUUGGUUGCGUUUGUGAUUGGAGCUUGUGGUGGGUUGUUUUAAGCUAGAGGGACAGACUCUGGUGAAGAAGAAGGUGUGAAUAUUAUUGUUUUCCCUUAAUCACUGCAGUGUGGCCACAGCUCUUGUAAAUGUGUGUCUGUAUGCGUCUGCAUGUGCAAACAUAAGUAUGCUAGGAAGUUUAAAGAUGGGUUUCCCAUCCUCUCACAGGAUGCUGAUUGAAACUCUUUUUGAGCAUGGUUUGUAUUCCUGUUCUCUACACAUUGGUCUCCAGCAGUUGAAAUGAUGCAUGUUUUUUUUUUUUCUUCUUGCAUUUAGUUUUUAAUCCAACCCAAAAUCACCCAACACACUUCCUGUCAGACCAUAUGUGAAAAGGGCACAACUGUCCAAGGGACCAGGCUUGAAAUAAGCUAUUCAAGGCAGGCGUCCAUUUUUAGUCUCGUCGUCAGUUUAAAAGGCAGAAGUAUUUCUUUCUCUCGUCACUUUAGAGCACUUUACAAACUGAGCAGCGGCUUGCAGGAGUGCUUUCUUCACGUUAGAUAAAAAAUAUAUCAUGUUUCAUUUGCUAUUGGAGUCCAUUAGAAAUAUACAGAGUAUCUACACACCUGUAACUUUUGAGUAUAUAUGUACAAAUACAUAGCUAUUUUGUAUAUGGUUGCUUGUUCUUUCUGUUCAAUUUAAAUGCAAGCAUGUUGGUGUCUGUCACAGACCUCUUUGCAUUCUCAGGUGAAGUUGUCCCUUGUUUUACUUUUUUACAUUUAUUAGGCUAGUGUGUGAGGAGGGGUAAUACUGGUUGUAAUGGCAAAUAUAUUUCAGAGGCUCUUUAAACCCAUGAUAGUGUAAAGGUCCACCGUUUAAAGUGACAUUUUCCUUUUGGUCAAUCACUCUUACUUAUAAACACACACAUGCCUUCAUAGGAGGACAUGAAUGGCCAGAUUUGAUGCUCUGGGGGUCUGUGUCACCGCUGAACAUUUGAACAGGAGCUCUCUGUUUGCAACAUACCAUUUUUUUUAAAUAAAGAAAACGGACUGAAUGCUGCCGGCGGCCUCAAACCCUCAGAGCUUCAAAUGUUUGAGGUUGUCUGCUGCUGAUUUCCGGGGUGCUACAUGGUGAAAAGUCGGAAACAUAACAUUAAGACGGCCUCUGCCCAUCCAAAGAAACCCUUCUGCAUGAAUGGACGCUCGAGAGUUAAAGCCUAUUUAUUUGCAUAAUUAACACUCUAAAAAAACGUUUUGACUUGGAAAAAUCAGUUUAAAUGUUGUUUUUUUUGUAUAUGUAUACUGCCUGCAUUUAUCUGUAACCAUGAACAGUCUGUUAGCUGAUUUUCAGAACAUUUUAUUUUGUGGUCAUCAUGAGACAAAACGGAGAAACUGAACAUGAAAUUGUCUUUGUACAGUUGCAGAGAGUUUAUUUGAUUGAUCCUUUAAUAACCUGACUCAGAGGCAGAAGAGAAAUGCAUUACACCUUUUUUUGCACACAUUAUGCAUACUUGGGCUCCAAGUUAUAAUCAGACACUUCCUUCUAUUUACCAAAUAGUUAAUGGACUGGUUAAGGUUUUUUUUUUUCCUAUGUAGAUAACGUAUAUAUGAAUACACACAUGAUCUUGAUAUGCACACAUGUAUGUUUGUCCAGUGCACACAGUCCACUUCUACUCUUUGUUACUUGUUGGCACAAAGUUUUCUGGCUGGUUCAGUCUUCAGUGCAAAAGUUGUGGGGGUUUUGAGCUUCCAGACGAGGGGAAAUCUCCCCAGUUAAGCAGCCAAGCUUUGAACGCCUGUGAUAUAAAGAGAUAUUUGUCUACUCUUAACUGAUCUGAUGAAUUGUUGAAAUGGAUUGAGAGCCAGUUCUGGUCAAAAGGAUUUUCUUAAAUGAUGGUUUAAUUGGUUACAAACUAGAACAAUGCUCAGCUAACUCUCUCCCUACUCUUUUAAGUGCAAAUGUACAGGUUUAUGUGCAAAUUCAUUUGUAAGUGUGUGUGUGUAAAUGACUUUUGAUUGAAUUCAGUACAAAACAGAAAUCUUUUUUUUAAACUGCACCAUGUUUUUAUUUCUUUUGAUUUCCUAUCUGUUUUUGUAUUUAUUAUUACAGUAAAUGUGUUCAUAGUUUUUCACAUCAGCUGCUCUGUGAGCUUGUAACUGACACCUGUACAUAAGGACAAUAAAGAAGCAAAGUAAUACACUUCUUGUACCCUUGCAGAAAGCUGAGCAAUAAAACUAUGCUGUUUGAACCUCACAGCAUUAUGUUUUAUAGAA